GCUGGAAGUGCUGAAGCAAGAUGCCAAAAAUCCAAAAUGGUGAUUAGUUACCUUGUACCAAUGGAGCAAGAUGGUAAACGUAACUAAAGGAAUUCUGGUUGAAUGUGAUGCUGCUAUGAAACAAUUGCUUCUUCAUUUAGACGAGACACAUGCUCUAGGCAACAAAUUCAUAGUUCAAGAUUUGGAUGAAACUCACGUUUUCAUUGCACCUGAAUAUCUGGAAGUUUUGCAGUCUAGAAUUGAUGAUUUGAUGGACAGGAUCAGUUUUCCUUUGGCAGAAAGAGAAAUUGAGUAAAUUAUCUAUCAUCAUGAAUUCAUCUCAGAGAGAGUCAGCCCGUCAGAAGGA